AUGACGUCCGCGGCGUACGUCGGUGACGUCGCGUGCGUGGACGUCGCGCGCGAUCGCGUCGUCGCGGGAAUCGGGUCCAGGGUGCUCGUGUACGUCCUGGAUGAGAAGAGACGCGAGUUACGGUGCGUCGACGCGCGAGACGCCCUGUGCGGGGGCGCGCGCGUGCACGGGAUACGAGCGAUGCCUCGUGGUGAGGCGUUCGCGGCGUACGGAGCGCGACGGACGACGGUGUUCGCGAUGGAAGAGGUGGAGGGCGACGCGCGCGGCGGCUGGCGCGCGGACGGCGGGACGGCGCUCCCGGCGCACGGGGCGUGGGUGCACGACGUACGAGGGGUGGUGGAGGCGGAGAGUGGGUUCGUGAUGACGAUCGCGAUCGGAUUGAGCGAUAAUUCGGUGGAGCGAUGGAGUCGGGGGGUGGACGCGCGGACGUGGACGCGCACGGCGCGCGUGGAGUGCGCGUCGAGGUGCACGUUGUACACGAUGGCGCUGAGCGCGAGCGCGACGUGGGAGGGAAUGCGAGUGGCGGCGGGAACAAUAUUCAAUGAUAUACAGAUCUGGGGCGUGGUCGACGGCGAGGUGCGGGCGAGGUGCGUCGGACACGAGGGCUCGUUGAUGCGAGUGCGGUUCGGCGACGACGAUGACGCCGUGUACUCGGCUUCAGACGAUCGAACCGCGCGCGUGUGGAACGUUUCGAACGUGAUGUCGAGUGGAUAUUGCGAGGAAGUUCCCCCGUGUGCUGUUUUGGCUGGCCACGUCGCGCGAGUGUGGGAUUGCGUGCGCAUCGGCGGAGACCGGCCCGUGUACGCGACGGCGGGCGAAGAUUGCACCAUUCGCGUGUGGGACGUCAGCAACGCGCACGGUACGAUGACGCUCGCCGAUGGCGUCGCGAAUCAGCGUGAUUGCGAAAUUGCGACGCUUCGGGGACAUCGAGGGCGCGGGAUAUGGCGCCUGUGCGUGAUCGAGUCAUCGAACGGCGAUAGCUUUCUCGCCAGCGCCGGCGCGGAUGGGAGUGUAAAAAUCUGGAACACGAACGACUGGACCAAAUCAUCGGGUGCAAACGACGGUGUGGUGUUGCGCGAGAGUGAGACUUCGUAUCCAGAGUCCGCGAUGAUGGUCGAUGAAGUCGAAGAUCAGGAAGACGUGGCGAUGGAAUCAAAGGAAGCCGCGCCUAAGAAACGCAAGACGAGCAAGAGACGAAUGAGCUUCUUCAGCGCAGACGAUGAGUUUAUUCGAGUUGUUCGCAUCGCGCGUUACGGAGUACUGUACGUGGCGACGAAUAAGGGAUAUUUGUAUCGCGUUGUGGAGACGUCGGAAGGCGAGCGAUGGAUUUGGGAGCGUCUACUGGAGAACGAAUAUGCGAUCAUGUCGAUGUCUGUAGAGCGCACCGAUACGUUGGACAUUGUUUCACUCGCCGACUUGGAGGGCAUCAUACACGUAGUUCACGUCUCUCAAGAGUCUGGCGAAAGGAAGGAGAUGAUAUCUUGGCGAGCGUCGGAUCCUCGAGUGCUACUUGACGUUUUUUCAACGCAAGGAAGAGUGUACGCCUCCAUUGUUGGCGGUGUCCUGAAAUGUUGGAAUCGGGGCCGCUACUCGCGGUGCGCAUUUACUUUGGUUAAUCCGUACCGUCAUCGAAUUUUAUCGAUCGCGACCUCCGAUGCGUUACACCUCGUGCUCGUCGGUGAUCAAAAAGGGAACUUGUGCGUGUAUGAUGCGAAUACUGACGAUGCGCGCGAGCUCAAGCUCGUUGCGAAAAAGUGGUCUGCACACGAGAAGACAUCAUCAAUUAACGCGUGCGAGAUUCUUCCGGGACCUGUGUUCGUCACCAGCGGACGCGAUUCUAACGUUUGUCGUUGGAGUUUGACCACCGAUGGCGAGCUACUUCUGGAUUCGAAGUGGACAUCGCCGUCCAAAGCAUGCGUGGGCUUCGUGUCACUCAACGCCAACGGCGAGCUCGCUCGCGCGGCUGGUUUUCGCGAAACGAACUUUGUCGUUUACUCGAUCAGUGAUCAGCGUCAAAUGAUGAAGAUACGUUGCCAAGCACAAAGCACGCCGCACGACGUGUUGAUGGAAGACGGCGAUCGAGUCAUCUUCGUCCAUCGUCAAAAGACAUCUCUUCACAUCAUCACACGGUGGAACGAACACGUGAAUACCGCAGAGAACGAGUCCACCAGUUUAUGGUCCCACGGACGUGAGAUUCACACCGUGCGCAUAGUUCCACCGCCAGUUGACGCCGUAGGUGCUCCUCUCGGUAUCAUCACUGGAUCGGAAGACGGAACGGUCAUGAGAUUGCUGUAUGACGCGAGCAGGCGAGAUGGAACGCGCGUGCACUCGCCCGGUGACAUCUGCAAACACCCAGGCGGUCGCACGGUCAAGGCUGUGAGCAUAUUCAAAGAGGAUGAAUAUUCUUAUAUCCUUUGCGCCGGCGGAGCGAAGGAGGUGUUGCUCGCAUUCCGCCUGUCGUGGGCUUCCGAUGAUUUGGGUUCUUGGGACUUCAAAUCUGUCGCCCUCAUUAUUCCCAAACCCGUCGAUAAAGCAGGCACGCGUGCAUGGACGAAGGGAUGUGGUUAUGUCGAGCCACGGGCAGAGAGCGACCAACGCAUCAUGGACGUCGCCACGUACUCGCGCAGAGGGCAGCUCCGAGUGUUGUACUCGACAAGUCUUGGCGCUGUCUCCGUGGUAACCAUGGACGAAAGAGCGCGCGUUUGGCGCGAUAUUUCAUCGCUUCGUCAUCACGCGUGUCCGGCUCUCAGCGUGGACGUUCUUGAAGGUGAAAGCACAUGGGCGUGCAGCGGCGGCACGGAUGGCACCAUCGCGCUGUGGCGCUUGGAUGAUUCAGACAUUAUCGAUCCGGCGUACGUUCUCGAGCACGCACAUCAGUCAGGCGUGAAUGCAUUGUGUAUCACUCGCACCGCGGACGAAAAUGCAUUCAUCGUUGUCAGCGGGGGAGAUGAUCAAAUGCUGAGAGUGCAAGAAAUGCGACGCGACGGCGACGGCGUCUCUCCUGGACGUGUCGGCGAGUACAAGUUUUCACACAGUUCCGCGAUGCGAAGCGUGUGGUCGGACGGCGAACGAAUUAUUUCAACCAGCGUCGAUCAACGAGUGAAGAUGUGGUCCAUCUCGCUCACAAAAGACGACAUUUGCGUCGCGCCGACGGGCGGCGUCAUGACGCAAGCGCCCGAGCCGGAAGACAUCGACGUCCUCGCGGCACCCGACGGCGUCCUCACGCUCGUCGUCGCCGGACGAGGAUUCGAACUCUUCCACAUUCAAUAG